GAUUAGUGCCCUCUUGGUGUAUAUUGAAAAACUAAAAAUACAUAAUUUUAUUUUAGAGUGAAUGAGAAGAAAACACUUCCCGGCUCAAGGUCAUUGAGCUCUAGUUGAUUUCAUUAAUUUUAGUUUAAUUUUAAAACAAGGAACAAUUUCAGUUUAACUGUUGUUCCACAUUUGAUUAUGAGUAGGUAAUCAAUGAUUUCCUUUCAGAUUAGGCAGAUGAAUUCCCUUAUUGUUUGAAAAUAGUAAAUCACAAUAGGUAGCAGAAGUAGAAAAUUCAGUGCCAGAGGAGCUAUGACUCGACCACCAAAUGAAAAUUUACCAACAGUCAAAUUAGUAGUUGUUGGAGAUGGAGGAGUCGGUAAAAGUGCCAUUACCAUUCAAUUUUUCCAAAAAUUAUUUGUUACUGAUUAUGAUCCUACUAUAGAAGACAGUUAUUUACAACAUGUAGAAGUAGAUGGACAAUGGUGUAUGCUAGAUGUUCUUGAUACAGCUGGUCAAGAAGAAUUCAGUGCCAUGAGAGAACAGUACAUGCGGAAAGGGGAUGGAUUUUUAUUGGUAUAUUCGGUAACUGAUAAAAAUAGUUAUGAAAAUAUUAUAAAUUUUCAUACUCAGAUAUUACGUGUCAAAGAUAGGGACACAUAUCCAAUGUUACUUGUGGCAAACAAAGUAGAUCUUGUACAUUUACGUAAAGUGACUGAAGAGCAAGGACGGGAUUUGGCUCAUAAAUUAGGGAUUCCGUACAUUGAAACUAGCGCAAAAGAUCCACCGUUGAAUAUAGACGCAACUUUUCAUGAGGUAGUGAGAAUUAUACGAAAUCAACCCCAAAACGAGAACGAAAGACGAAAAAAGAAAAAACUACAAAAAUUGGAUAAGCCGAUCAGCUGGAAUCGUGGAGGAAGUGCGAGCUCAUUUUUUCGAGGCAGGGGUGUUCAGAACGCUGUAACUCAAGUUCUACACAAUAUUUUGGGUUAAAAUUUAUAUUUAUACUGUCGUAAUAUAUCUUAAUAAAUGAUAAUAAA